UUUUCUUCUCUUUGCGCGGCGACACAGAAAACACUCUCUUCCGGUUCAAAUAUUUUCAGAUAAGAAAACCAAAAGGAGAGAGAUCAGAUAGACAAAAGAGAGACGAGAGAGAGAAGAAAAAAAAGAAGAAGAAGAAGAAAAAAAAUUCCCGCUCUCUCUCUCUCUCUGUAUUGCUUCCUCCAUAGGGUUUCCUCUUUCCCACUUUCUCUGUUUUUCUCAUCUUCUUCAUGCCAUUUCCCCAUUUCUCCCGCAUUUCUCUCUAAUUUCUCUAAAUUCGUUUCCCCACUUCAUUCCAAUUUCUCCGCCUUCUCACCGGUUUCAUCCGCCUGGAUGAUUGUGCGGUGUAGAACUAGAACCUCUUCCUUCCCGUACAUAAUACAUUUGUUUAGUCUCAAUGGUAUUCUCUGUUGGAAAUGGGAGAAUGGCUGUGAUGACAAGGCUUCUGGCUGCUGGGAGUUUCUCUCGAACUAUUGCAGGUAAAUCUAGAGAGGAAGUUGGUCAUCAGAAAUUUGCUUCUGAAUUUAUCUGCAGAGAACUUCGUGAUGCAGAUGAAGCAAAUUUAAUUGAUGAAGAAGAUAUGCACGUUUUUGGUUUGAAGCCUAUGGUUGAUCCACUGAACUUGGUUUGCUGCAAUAUUUGUAAGAAGCCAGUAAAGGCCAGCCAAUAUAUCAUUCAUUCAGAGCUUUGUAGGUCUCUAGGUUUCAGACAAGGAACUAUUAUGGACCUUGAUGGUGGGAUGGGCCAUAGAAAACACUCAAGGAAGGAGAAGAAAAAGUUACUAUCUACUGAUGCUAUCCCAGAUAUAUCAGCUGUUGUGGAGAAAGAAGGGGCUGAAUCAACGUGUGUUGACUUUUCUGCUGCACCAGCAUUGCCAAUUAAUAACCAAUUUGAAAUGAUCAAGUUGACAAAAAGAAAUUUAACUUGUAAUGUGGCGCCUAUACUGGAUGAUGAUACAGGAGCCUGUUCUGGUGUAGAUGCAGCUAGUCUGAUCCAUCCUUCGACAAAGCGGUCCAAAUUGAUAACUGGUGAAGGGCUGUUAUUGGCAUCUGAUUUAGAACCAUCGUCAGCUAAAACAAAAAUUAGAACAGAUGUUCCGUUUCCCCUUGCAAGUAAAAUAUAUUACUCUCAAAGAAACAAUCGUCUGCGCUCGUCUCUUGGCUAUCUUUACUGGGAGGCCGUUGCUUCUAGCAAGGAAAUUUGUAAUAUAAUGGAUCAGCACAUGACUACGGAAAAUAUAAAACUAUUUCACAGUACUUCCGAGGAGGAGUCUCAAGAACAAACAAGUGACGUUAUUGGAAAGAAGAUGGAUAAUCAGUCAUUAACCUCUGCAUGGAAAUCUGACCAUAAUCUGGCCGUAUUCUCAUCUGGGAAAUGUCUGCCUGCUGGUGGUGCCUCAAAUAAGUUUGUUAUUGGCAGCAGUGUUGCAUGGCCGCAGAUUGCUCCAGUUGAACUGGCACAAAAGAAGACUAUCUACCUGGAAGGCUAGACCUAACUAUUUUGAAGGUAAUUCAGGAAAACCACUGGAGACUAGACAACAGCCAAGCGGAAAUAUUCCUGUUGUAUAGAAAGUCUUGGUGGCACUUUUUUGUAGGCACAGUGGUACAUGUAAUUAAUCCUAAAACUUGAGGUCAGGAGCAAGACUCUGUAUUUUGAUAUUGGCAAUGAAAAUCAUUUAAAAUUGUUCAUUCUCUCUUUGUAUUUAA